CCUGGGUUGGAAAAAUCGCAAAGCCGCAAUAGCAAAACUUUGAGGGAAAGCUUGAACGGUCCACGAACGCCCCGGUCGCGACAAAUAUCUUCGAACCUCAUCCGCACACCGCAAAACUCGCAACCAUGUCGACCCCACAGAGCGUUGCUUGCUUCGGCAAGAAGCGGACAGCGACCGCCGUCGCAAUUGCAAAGGCCGGCAAGGGUCUCAUCAAGGUCAACGGUCGCCCCCUCCAGCUCGUCGAGCCCGCCGUUCUCCGAUUCAAGGUUUACGAGCCGCUUCUCGUCGUCGGUCUUGACAAGUUCUCGGCGAUUGGUACGCAUUCCCAUUCCAUCUUUCAUAUCACAACGGGAUCUCGAGGGGAAUUACGAGGAACAGAGGAAAAUGACGAAGACCCCGAUGCUCCAGGGCCGGGGAAAUUGCACAGGACAGCAGGACGCUUGGCUAACAACAGAUUCUCACGACAAAUAGACAUCCGCGUCCGAGUCACCGGUGGUGGCCACACCUCCCAGGUCUACGCCGUUCGCCAGGCCAUCUCCAAGGCCCUGAUCGCCUACUACCAGAAGUACGUCGACGAGCACAGCAAGAACCUGCUCAAGCAGGCCCUGACCCAGUUCGACCGUACCCUCCUCGUCGCCGACAACCGUCGUUGCGAGCCCAAGAAGUUCGGUGGUAAGGGUGCCAGGUCCAGGUUCCAGAAGUCCUACCGUUAAAGGUCGUCUUGUCCGGGGAAGAGGGGUGGGCAGUUGGGCGGUUGGCCGGCCGGGUGGAUGGCAGAUGGACGGUCUACUGGUCCUGCCCGGAUGGGCGGGGUUGCUGUUUGGCCUUUCGCAGACUCGACAGGAAGUUGCCAAUCCGGGGCUCUUUUCGUUUCUGUGAAGCAGACGCUCCCCGGCCCGGAAACCACAUUCCGAAGGGAGAGGAAGAGGGGAUGCUUUCUUGCGUUGAGGGUCGGGAGUCACAAAGGAACCUAAACGACGGAAAGGAAAGGCUUUCUAUUUAUUUGCUGCAUUUGCAUGGCAAACCCCUUUUCUCCGGGGCUGGUUUGUAAAGGGAAAUGGCAAACGAAACUUCCAAGACUUGGCCCAAAAACAAGAUAGUGCGACUGCAGCGCCCUCUGUGAACCUAGCGAUUGCCGAUUGCUA